UCCGCGGAUCUGCCGUUAUUCUUCUAUCAUCAUUCACUGAGUGGCUUUAUCUGAACGCGGCAGUUCUCCGGCUUCGCCCGUUUUUCAUUAUUAUUUAUUAAUUCAGUCAAAAUGAGGGAAAUUGUACAUUUGCAGGCUGGUCAGUGUGGCAACCAAAUUGGAGCAAAGUUUUGGGAAGUGAUUAGUGACGAGCAUGGCAUCGACCCAACUGGUACAUAUCAUGGCGACAGUGACCUGCAGCUGGAGAGAAUUAACGUGUAUUACAAUGAAGCCACAGGAGGCAAGUAUGUCCCACGUGCGGUCUUGGUGGACUUGGAGCCUGGUACCAUGGACUCUGUGAGGUCCGGUCCCUUUGGACAGGUCUUUCGACCAGACAACUUUGUUUUUGGCCAAAGUGGAGCUGGGAACAACUGGGCCAAGGGCCACUACACGGAGGGGGCGGAGCUGGUGGACUCAGUCCUGGACGUGGUGAGGAAGGAGGCAGAGAGCUGUGACUGCCUGCAGGGCUUCCAGCUGACCCACUCCCUGGGAGGGGGCACCGGGUCGGGGAUGGGCACCCUGCUCAUCAGCAAGAUCCGCGAGGAGUACCCGGACCGCAUCAUGAACACGUUCAGCGUGGUGCCCUCGCCCAAGGUGUCCGACACGGUGGUGGAGCCCUACAACGCCACCCUCUCCGUCCACCAGCUGGUGGAGAACACCGACGAGACCUACUGCAUCGACAACGAGGCCCUGUACGACAUCUGCUUCCGCACACUCAAACUGACCACGCCCACCUACGGGGACCUCAACCACCUGGUGUCGGCCACCAUGAGCGGGGUCACGACCUGCCUGCGCUUCCCCGGCCAGCUGAACGCCGACCUCCGCAAGCUGGCCGUCAACAUGGUGCCCUUCCCCCGCCUGCACUUCUUCAUGCCCGGCUUCGCCCCCCUCACCAGCAGGGGGAGCCAGCAGUACCGCGCCCUCACCGUGCCCGAGCUCACCCAGCAGAUGUUCGACGCCAAGAACAUGAUGGCGGCCUGCGACCCGCGGCACGGCCGCUACCUCACCGUGGCCGCCGUGUUCAGGGGGCGCAUGUCCAUGAAGGAGGUGGACGAGCAGAUGCUGAACGUCCAGAACAAGAACAGCAGCUACUUCGUGGAGUGGAUCCCCAACAACGUCAAGACGGCCGUCUGCGACAUCCCGCCCCGCGGCCUCAAGAUGGCCGCCACCUUCAUCGGCAACAGCACGGCCAUCCAGGAGCUGUUCAAGCGCAUCUCGGAGCAGUUCACCGCCAUGUUCCGGCGCAAGGCCUUCCUGCACUGGUACACCGGCGAGGGCAUGGACGAGAUGGAGUUCACCGAGGCCGAGAGCAACAUGAACGACCUGGUGUCAGAGUACCAGCAGUACCAGGACGCCACGGCCGAGGAGGAGGGCGAGUUCGAAGAGGAGGGAGAGGAGGAGCUGGCGUGAGGUGUCUAGACCACUGCAGUCAAAACUACUUGUUGUACUGAUGCUUUCCCGUCGGGUCUGUCGCUUUUCACAGACAUUCUCAAGCUAUGGAACACCAGCUGUUCAAACUCAAACUCCGCCCCUUAACCCUUAGCAGUAUUUCCUCUUCUUUCUCAGGCUAUCAAAUUGCAGCUUUUGAACCAAAUCUCUAUUAAAGGCAUACCAUUGAUGGCA